CCCCCACACUGCAGUGCGGCCGGGCCCCCUCCCCGCAGGGGCCGCCCCCCUCCGGCGCCCGGGGCGGCCCGGCCCGCAGGGCCAUGAAGCUGCAGGCCGUGAUGGAGACCCUCCUACAGCGCCAGCAGCGGGCGCGCCAGGAGCUGGAGGCCCGGCAGCCGCCGCCCGAGCCCCCCCGGCCCCCCGGCCCGCGCCCGGGCCGCCCCGAGGAGGACAGGGAGCCGGAGCACGCCCGGAUGCAGCGCGCGCAGAUGGCCGCGCUGGCCGCCAUGCGGGCCGCCGCCGCGGGCCUCGGUCACCCGGCCAGCCCCGGCGGCUCCGAGGACGGGCCCCUCGGCUCUGAGGACGAGGACACGGCCCGGGAGGGGGCCCCCGGCUCGCCCGCCCCACCCGGCCGAGGCAGGGAGGCCCCGGGACCCGCCGAGGGCGACAGGCACUUCGAGGACGUGGGCUCCGACGAUGAGCUGAAGCCGAAAUGGGAGGAGGAGGAGGAGGAGGAGGAGCUGGAGGAAGAGCUGGGGGAUGAGGACGAGGACGAGGACGAGGACGAAGAGGAGGACUACGAGGAUGAGGAGGGGCUCGGGCCCCCCGGCGCCACCGGCCUGGGCCCCGCAGCCCUGUUCCCCCGCAAGGCCCCGCCGCCCCAGGCCUUCCGCGGAGACGGCGGGCCGCGCGCGCUGGGCGGCCAGGAGCGGCCCGGAGGCGGGCCGGCCCCCCGGGGCGCCGCACACACGGCGCCGCCCCUGCAGCCGCCCGACCACGGGGACUGGACGUACGAGGAGCAGUUCAAGCAGCUUUACGAACUGGACGGCGACCCCAAGAGGAAGGAGUUCCUGGACGACCUGUUCAGCUUCAUGCAGAAGCGAGGGACGCCCGUGAACCGGAUCCCCAUCAUGGCCAAGCAGGUGCUGGACCUGUUCAUGCUGUACGUGCUGGUGACGGAGAAGGGCGGCCUGGUGGAGGUCAUCAACAAGAAGCUGUGGCGGGAGAUCACCAAGGGCCUCAACCUGCCCACCUCCAUCACCAGCGCCGCCUUCACCCUGCGGACCCAGUACAUGAAGUACCUGUACCCCUACGAGUGUGAGAAGCGGGGCCUCAGCAACCCCAACGAGCUGCAGGCCGCCAUCGACAGCAACCGGCGGGAGGGCCGGCGCCAGAGCUUCGGGGGCUCGCUCUUCACCUACUCGCCGAGCGGGGCCCACAGCAUGCUCUCCUCGCCCAAGCUGCCCGUGUCCUCCCUGGGCCUGGCCGCCAGCACCAACGGCAGCUCCAUCACCCCGGCCCCCAAGAUCAAGAAGGAGGAGGAUUCGGCCAUCCCUAUCACGGUCCCCAGCCGCCUGCCAGUCUCCCUGGCGGGCCACCCCGUGGUGGCGGCCCAGGCGGCCGCGGUGCAGGCGGCAGCAGCCCAGGCAGCCGUGGCGGCUCAGGCGGCUGCGUUGGAGCAGCUUCGGGAGAAGCUGGAGUCCGGGGAGCCUCCUGAGAAGAAGAUGGCCCUGGUGGCCGAUGAGCAGCAACGGCUCAUGCAGCGAGCCCUGCAGCAGAACUUCCUGGCCAUGACAGCCCAGCUGCCCAUGAGCAUUCGUAUCAACAGCCAAGCCUCCGAGAGCCGCCAGGACUCAGCCUCGAACUUGAGCAGCACGAACGGCAGCAACAGUAUUAGCAUGUCCGUGGAGAUUAACGGGAUCGUCUACACAGGAGUCCUGUUCGCUCAGCCGCCGGCCCCCACGCCCCCCUCGGCCCCCGGCAAAGGCGGCGGUGGUGGCAGCCGCGCAGGGAACAGCGGGAACAGCAGCGGCGGGGGCAGCGCGGGCGGCCAGGCCGGGCCAGCGGGGCCGUCCACACCGGCCACGUCUUCUACCUCAACUAACUCAUUGCCUUAACCACUCCCCACCGCCUCCCCCACCCCGGAGCACCCCCCCCCUCCCCGCCAGACCGGACAGGGGGUCGAGGUGGGCCACACGGGGGAGGGGCGGCUGGGAUGGCGGAAGAUACGGGUGGGGAGGGGAGAUGUCCGCAGAGGAGCGACAGCUAGCACCAAAAAAAAAAAAAAAGAGAGAGAGAGAAGAAGAAAUAUAUACGUAUAUAUAUAUAAAGAAAAUUUAAUAAAACAGGGGGAGACCAAGUAACACUUGAAUUACUCAGGUUUCGGACGUCCAGGCCGCAAGCGGAGGAAAUGGGAAGAGAGCGAGGGGUCCGCACCCUGGGGCUGCUCCCGCGGCCCUGGGGGACCCGCUCGGACUGGAGUCCGGUGUCCGGUUUGGACCAGUUGCCAUGUCAGUCUGAUCCUCUUUACCUCGUACAUCCCUGCACUGUGCGUUUUCAUUUUUGUCUGGUUUUUGUUUUGUUUUUUUUUUGCUUUUUUUUUUUUUUUUUUCCUCCAUCACACACACUCGCCACACCCGGCUCCUUGUGUUGAACGGAACCCCUGAGCCAAGAUCGGUUGAAAUUUUUUGUUUAUUAUUAUUUUUCUUGUUGCUUUUGGGAAUUUUUUUUUUUUUUUUUUUUUAAAGAGCUAGCGAUAUUCGAACUCUAUAGGGUUUUUAAGAGGUCUUGGGGGUUGUGUUUUGUAAAUAGUCUAUUUUAUUCUCGGGGGAGGAAUCAAACCUUAGCAAAAGGAGAUAUAUAUCUAUAUAUCUAUAUAUUUGUGUUCAUUCAGGGAAACUGGACUUGAAAAAGCAAAAAAAAAAAGAAAAAAGAGAAAAAUCGGAA